AAGCAUUCGCCUGUCUGCUGUGCGCCGCGCAGUACCACUCACCACGCAGCUCCCCCCCACCUCAUUCACACGUUUAUUUAACAAGCCUCUUUCAAUAAACCUUCAUCUCCCGCAAUGUCGGCCGCAAGCACCGAGACCAGUGCCCCUCUGCCCACCGCCGGCAGCCGCGUCUUCUUCCAAGCCGCGUCCGGAGUGGGCUGCGUGGGGUCCGGCCCCAUCACCGGGGACGACCCGGUCCAGAAGAAGCAGGGCAAAGUGACGGUCAAGUACGACAGGAAAGAGCUGCGAAAAAGACUCGUCCUGGAGGAGUGGAUCAUUGAGCAGCUCAGCGAGUUGUAUGACUGCGAGGAGGAGGAGAUGCCAGAGGUAGAGAUAGACAUCGAUGACCUGCUGGAGGUCACCAGCGACGACGAGCGAGCCAGCAAACUGCAGGAAUCCUUAAUAGACUGCUACAAACCAACAGAGGAUUUUGUCCGGGAGUUGCUGGGCAGGAUAAGGGGAAUGAGAAAACUCAGUGCUCCCACCAAGAAGGGCCUAUAAUGGCUCCACCGUCAGCCAUUAACCAACCAUAAACUACAUCAUCUCAGCUCCGCCUACUUAACCCACUCAACAUGGACUGUCAUCACAGAGAAUAAUUUAUCGAAAACAUCAGUGAAUAAUUCUGCAACCUGCAAAACGCGCGCCAUAGAGUCCAUCCAGCGCUAGCCAUCCAUCCCACGAUCACGUAGAGUAACAAGGUGUAUAAUAAUAAUAUUAGACUGUUGAAAGGUACAUGAGAAAAACAGAGUUUAAAUAGCCACAGUAAAAUGUCAAGCCCUAGAAUGUGCCAGAACUGCACCCGUGCUUUAACAUGAACACCACCUAACACCACGUCUCAUAGCUACAUCCUCAAACCAAUCACACACGCCAAACAGCCAUACAGACUAAAAAACACAGAUAAAGGGGAGGUGGUAAAAAUGUUGCAGUAGGUGUGGAAAUAGCUGUAGCACUAUGUAAAUGCAGUGCUUUAUGAUUUGUUUUUUGUCAUUUUUUUACUGAGGUGUUUUGCUGUUACGUCUUAAAAAAAAACAAAAGAAAGAAACAAAAAAAAAAUGUAUGUCGCCAUUUAUUGUUCACGUGGUUGAAAUGUAGUCUUCGACGUUUUUUCUGUUCUGGUCGACCUUCUUAUCCUUACUCCAUCAGUGCUCGCGAAUGUGAGGAAGCUCUGCGGUUUCUGUUUCGAGCCCAUUUAAAAGUGCAGAGCGGGUAACGCAUCAGUUCCGUCCUUUCGUGAUGUGUAAAAUCUGGAAACGGCGGGACUUCACUACCUGCCGCUCCAGUAAACGUUUCACCACAGCAAGGCAUGAUGGGUGUUGCAGUCCUCUGUAGCAGGACUACAAAAACCUGAAUGAUGGCUUUUCGCUUAUCAUGUUACAUGGUGUCGCUCAUGCUCUCCCCCCACCAUCAGAAUACAUAUCAGUUGGUCAUUUAGGUUUAAGCACAAAGCCCGAACAUUGCAGUUGUGUCUCACCUGGUUCACUUAACUCUGCUAAACUCGUCUCUUUAAAUAGGGGUUGAUGUUGCCUUUAAGGAAAUUCAGGAUCAGUUCACUUUUUACUCAGCACUGAACCACUGGAUGACUGACAACCUGAAAUACAUCAGAACCUGAAUACAACUUGAAAUGUUUGACACUUCGACCUGUCAAGUCCUGUAAGGGAGGGUGUGCCAAAACUGGGAGUAUUACAUCCUGUCAUAUGUCAUGGAGGCUUUAAUGUGACGCAGCAUUACCGCAGAUUAAUUGGUUAAGUUCGUGAAACAUCUUGGAUCUGGCACAGAAUUUAUUUUUAUUUUUUUUUAAAUGUUAAAACUUAAAAAAGGUUGCAGAACAUAUGAGAUAAUAAUACCAGGUUUUAGAGUUGGAUUAAGUUAUUUAUUGUUGUUCUUGUGCACCGGUGCACUGACAAAACCUGUAAGCUCUGAUACAAUCACGACUGGGGUUGGGCCCAGUUUCAUUUCUGAGCAGUCAAUCGUGAACCGACUAGAAUAGCGCAGGCCCGUACCUGCAGUGUGACAUAAACCCUCCGCUGCCAAAGACAAAAAGCAGGGCGAUGUUUGAUUUCAACACGACACUCGCGAAGCACCCACCUUGCAUGCUAACAACGGAGACGAAACAUUGAUAGAGAAUAUAUUAUAAACUUAUAAUCAAGCAAAAAAACGAAAAAAAACAAACACUUUUUUGACUUAGCUACCAUUAUGACUUUGUAGAACUUUGUGUUUUGAGACAACGUGGGUGUCACGUUGGAGAGAAUCCAGGAAAAUUUUAAAAAUGGUGCUGUUUUUGAUGUUCUUCCCAGAAUUUGGUCAUACAAAAGGCGUUUUCACUGUGGAUCGAUGCCAGAGAAAUGUGUCUGAAGGAAAGGUGUUUGUCUUUAUUGAUGGAGACUAUAUAGUCUAGAGUGGCAUCCUCUUUGUAAUUCUGAACUGGGCCAGACGGGUGUCACCACGCUCUAAAUGGUGCCGCCCUUUUUUUUAAAAAAAAAAAAGAAGAAAAAAAGAAAACAUGAAACGUGUUUUCUGGCCCUGUGAAUUUGAAAUUGAAGAAGAGGAAGCCAUUGUGGACGACUGGGAUGCGUUCAGGUACUCUAUAGGAUUUUCUCUUAAGAAACAGUUCAGGGGCAAGAGGCUGAUAUUUUAUAAUUUAGGGAAUUCCGUGUGGAGAGUAUUUUGAAAGUAUCCAUACUAGAAAGCUUUACGUUUGCAUGUAUUUUUAAAAGUAGCAUGUUGAGGGGAACAUUUUUCUUGGCCUAAAGAUUAUUAUUUCACUAAAUGAGACACUUUCCUUUUUUAUACCUUUAUUAUUAUUAUUAUUAUUAUUAUUAAGACUAAAAUAUUCGUUUUUUCAGCUGCAGUUUUCUUUAUCUGUACAUCCACAAUAAGCGUUCUUGUUUUUAAAAUGUAAUGUGGUGUGUGGUUUGUUUUUGCCGAUAAUAAAAAUGCAGAAUGACUCUGUACUGUUUAAAGAGA